GUGGCCUCACUGUGGGAGGGGGGCCGGGGAGGCGGCGGCGACCGGAGGGGGGCGAGAAGUUGCUGAGGAGGCGCCUGGAGGGGGAAGAUGGCUGAUUUUCUGAAAGGCUUGCCUGUCUACAAUAAAAGCAAUUUCAGCCGUUUCCACGCAGAUUCUGUAUGUAAAGCAUCGAACAGAAGGCCAUCAGUAUAUCUCCCGACGAGGGAAUAUCCGUCAGAACAAAUUAUAGUAACAGAAAAGACGAACAUACUUUUGCGUUACCUACACCAGCAGUGGGACAAAAAGAACGCAGCGAAGAAAAGAGACCCCGAGCAGGUGGAAAUAGAAGGCGAGAAUUCAGCCCCACCCCGAAAAAUCGCCCGGACGGACAGCCAGGAUAUGAAUGAGGACACUUAAAAACUAAAACAAACUUUUUUUUUUU